CUUUCCUGUACAAUAACUUUCGGCCUUCUGUAGGUACGGGUAAUUUGUUAACGUUUCUGCGCGGUGACACAACGAAUUCUGGCUAGCUGGAGGUGUGACGGACACGGAUCUUGUCUUGCAGACAUGUACAGCUCCAGAUGAACGGACAGCAAGCGGAUCUAUUGACACAACGUUGUGCAGGCUACGAAAAUUGCGGUGUGGAAGAAGAACGUCGUCGAGCUCCAAAACUGCGCGACCUCUCAAAAAAUUUCAUGGUGUCAGUAAAAGAAGAAACUGCCUUGGAUGAAAUCGUAUCUACUGGUAACAACCUGACUGUGGACUAUGUCUCGAAGGCGGUCAGUCAGAGUAAUGGCAAAGCUCGAGCUAAAUCCGACUCUCCCUCUGAGCCACCCAAGUCGCCUUACAGACGAGCCACGUCUCUGACUCGAUCGUUAACAGUAGAAACUCAACAUGUCACGAGGGAAGAAACAGAUAGCUACACUCAAUUGAAUCAAUAUACCGUUCGGGACGAGAUAGGUCAGGGUUCCUAUGGUGUUGUCAGGAUAGCCACUGAUGAACGAAGUUCAACAAAUUUUGCAAUGAAAAUGGUCUCGAAGAAGAAAAUGAGAAGAGCUACGUUUGGGAGACGGCCUCCUAGAGGGAAAGGAGCAGCUGUAAAUACUCCAAUGCAGACUCUAGAAAGAGAGAUAGCGAUAUUAAAGAAGCUCGUUCAUCCUAAUGUGGUGAAACUAGUCGAAGUUCUUGACGAUGAAUCGCACGAUGAAUUAUACCUAGUGUUUGACCUUGUUCAGAAAGGGCCUGUUAUGGAAGUCGGUGUGACCGAGAUGUUUCCUGAAGAAACGGCGCGGCAUUACUUUAUCGACUUAGUAUUGGGAAUAGAAUAUUUGCACUUUCAAAAGGUCAUUCACAGGGACAUCAAACCAUCUAACUUAUUACUGACAGAAGAUGGUCACAUCAAGAUUGCUGACUUUGGUGUGUCAGAGUUUUUCGCGCAAUCAGAUGCCGAUCUUACAAAGACGGCCGGCAGUCCAGCUUUCAUGGCUCCCGAGUCCUUGCAACAAACAGGCGAACAGCAGAGCUUUCGUGGGAAGGCUACAGAUAUAUGGGCAAUGGGAAUCACUUUGUACUGCUUUGUGUACGGCAAGGUUCCGUUCGAGACGAGAAAUAUACUAGAGCUUUAUGAAUUAAUCAAAUCUGAACCCGUUCCUUACCCCGAAGACCGACUCGUGUCUGAAGAACUGAGAGAAUUGUUUGAUAGAAUACUAGAUAAGGAUCCGGAGACACGAAUAACGAUACCAGAACUAAAGAUGCAUCCGUGGUUGACUUUAAAUGGCGAAGAUCAUCUACCUUCGACAGAGGCCAACUGCACGGCUGUAGAAGUGACCGAUGAGGACAUAGAGAACGCUACACGCGACUUUGCCAAUUUCCCUCUACUGGUCUUGAUAAAAACCAUGGGUAAACGAAAGUCAUUUCGUAAUCCGUUCUUAUCGAGUGCUGAAGAUAAACAUCGAAGUUUCUCAAGGGCACUGAGUCUUGACAGCUGUCUUGGUGAGAGAUCUAUGAGUGAAUCGGACGGCAAUUUGAGCUCACUUGCUGAUGAUCCACGAUCGAAUCCGAAGAAUUCGUGAUGAAGAUCGACUCGAGACUCAGUAAGUGAGAGAGUAUUUCUUUAGUGAUGUUGAUAACAGAGUCUACUGCAUAUCGUACAGAUUCUAAGGCAUGUAUAUUAAUUACAAUGUAGCAAUGGCAGGUAGUGAACUCUAUAUAUACUAAAAUAUUACCAUCUGA